AUGCUGGCAGGUGGUAUCGGAGGCACGACGGGCGAUAUCCUCAUGCACUCAUUAGAUACUGUCAAGACGAGACAACAAGGCGACCCUCAUUUCCCACCGAAGUACUCAUCCUUGUCGGACUCAUAUAUCAAAAUUUUCCGGCAAGAGGGUUUUCGGAGGGGACUUUAUGGAGGCUUCACUGCGGCGAUGGUUGGGUCCUUCCCGGGCACCGUGGCUUUCUUCGGAUGUUAUGAAUAUUGCAAGCGGAAUCUGUUAGACAGAGGACUCAGCCCGUCUGCGGUGUUUUUGGCGAGUGGUUUUCUCGCCGACCUAGCUGCUUCGAUUAUUUACGUACCUUCGGAGGUGAUGAAAACCCGACUACAAUUACAGGGUCGAUACAACAAUCCAUUUUUCAAUUCCGGUUACAACUACAAGUCAACGUGGGAUGCGGCUAAAACCAUUGCGCGAACCGAGGGGUUUGGUGCGUUAUACUCCGGGUACAAAGCCACCAUCGUUCGAGAUCUGCCAUUUUCAGCCCUGCAAUUUGCUUUCUAUGAGCAAGAGAGGAGAUUUGCACAAAGUUGGAUGGGAGAUACUGACAUCGGGCUGAGUCUCGAGGUCUUGACGGCGGUCUCAGCGGGAGGCAUCGCGGGAGUGAUAACCUGCCCACUCGACGUUGUCAAGACUCGAACACAAACCCAAAUAACGCCGGACAAUCAUGUGCAGAACAGUCAGGCCGCACAUAUGGAAAAGACCGCAGCAAAGAGCCACAAACCGCCUGGCCCUGGCCACAAGCAGACGCGGCUUUUACACUCUGGUCCACGGACAGUUCCACGAACGACGCCCACCUUGGAUACAUCAUCUGUGUUGACCGGACUGAAACUCAUUUACAAGACCGAGGGCGUGCCUGGCCUGUUCCGGGGAGUUGGGCCACGGUUUGUGUGGACAAGCGUUCAAAGUGGAACGAUGCUUGUAUUAUAUCAAUAUUUGUUGAAAGAGAUGGAGCGAUUUCAGGCGAAAGAGGGUCCAGAGGCAAUAUGA